AUGGCAAAUGCAUUAUUCUCGUUCACACCAUUUGAUUUCGAAAUCCAAGGCGGUUUGAGUCCCCCCCAGCUUGAAGAUUAUGACAAAGAAGAAACAGUAAUGUUCAAUGUUGGCAAGCGAGACCAUUUGUUUGGACUAGAAGAUCAGUUGGGAGGAAUGAAUACUCUUUCUUCUGAACAUGGUUUCUACCAAGACAACGAUGCCAAGACAGGAGUAGUAGUAUGCCAUUUGUCCAAAGAUCAAAACCAACAAAGUGAUCUUGAAAACCAACAGCAAUCCAAGACAGAAUUUUUGAUUCUGGAUAACUUCGACUUCGAGACUGUUUCUUCUCAACAUGGUUUUUAUCAUGCCAAUAAGGCGGGGAAGGAUCACCAACACCACCAUUACCAACAACAGUCCAAGUCAAGUUUUUCAAUUUUGGAGAAUUUCAGUAACUUUGAUUUUUACUUCCCCUCCGGACAAGUUACAGAACCAGUUGAGAAUGAUGCUCGGUUUACACACAGCCAGAUCAGAGGCUCAGACAUUUUCGAAAUGAACACGCAAUUGCUGCCUCCUCAAUCUUCUCUAGGAACACUGGAGCUCCUAAACAGUUAUGGAAGCGCGUUCAAGAAGUUGAAGGGAGAAAGACAAAGCAGUAGCAGGGCAGUUAAGGGUAAUGAAAUUGAUCAAAACAGCAGGUACGUUGUUAAUGGUAAACAGAAACUGUCCACCGAAGAGGUCAUGAGGGUUGCUGGAGCAAGGUAUGUGCAAUUCUCUAGUCAGGGGUAUGAAAAUUUGUACAUGUCUAUGCACCCUUUUGGCUAUGCGCUUUCAGGUCUCUGCGAAGAAGAAACAAAAGAUGUAGAACUUGUUCACUUACUGUUAGCUGCAGCAGAGAAAGUAGGGUACCAACAAUUUGAAAGAGCAAGCAGAUUGCUUCUGCAGUGUGAAUGGAUUCCAUCCUUCAAAGGUACUCCUGUUCAGAAAGUUGUGUGCUACUUCGCAGAGGCACUCCGUGAGAGGAUCGAAAAAGAAACAGGACAGUAUACUUCUAAGGGACAUGAAGAAUUGUCUCAAUAUGCACAUGGUUUGGGGACAAACCUUGCAUACAUCGCAUGCCACCGAGAAGUCCCUUUCCAUCCCGUACUGCAGUUCGCGGCAAUCCAAGCCAUGAUAGAAAAUGUUGCAAAUGAGAGUAGGAUCCAUUUGAUUGAUCUGGAAAUCAGGAGUGGUGUGCAAUGGACAGGGUGGAUGGAAGCAAUUGCAGAACGAGAGGAAUGCCCGGUUAAGCUUCUUACUAUUACUGCUGUGGGAGUUGGAGGCAAACAGAAUAUAAAGGAGACAGGGGAGAGGUUGGCAAGUGUUGCAAUGUCCUUGAACCUACCCUUUAAAUUUAAGGAAGUUAUUGUAUCAGACAUGCAAGACAUUAAUAACCAGUUAUUCGAAGACAUUGAAGAUGAUGAAGCUGUGGUUGUGUACGCACCAUUAAUACUGAGGACAAUGAUAGCAAGGCCUAGGUGCUUGGAGAACUUGAUGAGGGUGAUGAGAAAUAUCAACCCUUCUUUGAUGGUGGUCAUUGAAGUGGAAGCUAACCAUAACUCCCCAUCAUUUGUGCACCGUUUCAUUGAUACAUUGUUUUUUUAUAGUGCAUUUUUCGACUGCCUUGAAACCUGUAUGAAACAGGAGAAGUACAGGGUGAUCAUAGAAGGCUUGUUGCGUGAGGGAAUCCGGAACAUAGUGGCGGCGGAAGGGAGUGAAAGGGUUGUUCGAAGUGUGAAGAUGGAUGUGUGGAGGGCCUUCUUUGCAAGGUUUAGCAUGGUGGAAAUGAGCUUUAGUAACUCAUCAUUUUAUCAAGCUAGUCUAGUGGCUAAAAAGUUCUGUUGCACCACACUAGAUAGGAAUGGAAAAUGUCUCACUGUUGGGUGGAAGGGAACCCCAAUUCAUUCUCUUUCCGCUUGGAAGUUCCGUCUUGAAAAAAUGUAGCAUAGGCUUGUUCUAAAUACUGAAAGCAGAAAACUUUUUUAUCCUUAUGACAUGUAAAUAACAAGUUUUCUGCGUUAUUGUGGUAUGUAUGUAUA